UUGAGGAAUGGGCAAUGGGCACUUGAUAUUCUUGAUGCUUGGGCUCCUAUGGGUCCUAAAGGGAAGAUUAGGGAAGAAGCCGGGAAGGUUUUGACUCGGGAACUUAAGGAUCGACCGGUUUUCGAAGCGGAUGAUCAGUCUGCUAUGGUUUACUUGUUGGCUACUCAAAGGGAGAAGUGGGGUGAUAAGGUUUAUUUGGAGAGUGCUUAUUAUUUGCAUGGUUAUUGGGGAAUUUUGGUUGAUAGGUAUGAGGAGAUGAUUGAGAAUUAUCAUCCAGGUUUAGGUGAUCAUCGGUGGCCAUUGGUGACUCACUUUGUGGGAUGUAAGCCUUGUGGGAAGUUCGGGGAUUACCCAGUUGAGAGGUGCUUGAAGCAGAUGGAUAGAGCAUUCAAUUUUGGGGAUAAUCAGAUUCUUCAGAUUUAUGGGUUUACUCAUAAGUCUUUGGCUAGUAGAAGGGUUAAGAGAGUUCGAAACGAGACUGGUAAUCCGCUUGAGGUGAAAGAUGAACUUGGACUGCUUCAUCCAGCUUUUAAAGCGGUUAAGAUAUCCUCUUCUUGAUGAUAUAGGCUGUCUAUAUGAUCUUAUGCUGCUAAAUGAUAAGUUACAAUGUUCAAAUGUUGUGUAUGCAGUGGGAAUUUUAUGGUUUAGGUCUGGAGAAAUAGUAUUCUUUUGUUCCUUAUAUGUGUUUAAAUUAUAUGUUCUUAAUGCUUUCCAAAGGAAAACAGAGCCCAUUAUUUUGUCUGCAUCUAUUCAGUUUUGUAGUAUAUGAGCAAAUCGGUUCUGUCAAUAUUUUAACCUGGUGAUACAUUAUCACUUGAUUUGUCAGCCAUAACGUUGCUGCAUUGUAAUUCAGUCAAUUAGAUAAAUACUAAUACUAUUAUACUA